GGAACCUAGCUCGACCUCUCCUCCACGAGAGCCCUGCCCGUUUGACCUUGUGGCCUGAUGAUGGCCAGUGUUUGUUGUUGACAAACUCGAAGUCACUCAUUGAACCCUCUUGUUCGAUUCUUUGGCGCUCUUCUGUCGCUUGGUAGAAAGCUGUGUCGCGUGAACUUUGUUUCGCGUGCAGGUCCGAUUCGAUUUAGCGGCGGCGGCCGGUUCGACUUUGAGCUCCACCAUCACUCAAGUCCGGCGCUCUUGGAACCUGGAAGCAAGGCGGCGGAAAGGACCACCCUAGCUUCUGGCCUCAGCCGCGUGGGAGAAGAGAGCUUGCCGCGAUCGUUGUGGGACCCCUCUUGGGCCACCCCUUCACGAUGCCGAACAUAAUUGGGGACAGCUUCAUCUUCGCUCAGCAAGUACUCUAUCCACUGAGCGAGAUAGAAGACUGUGCGAUUGCCGUUGAUGCGACAUACUACCUCCGGCUCCACCUCGAUUUUCUGCCGAACAAUGAGCCGCUCCUCCCUGCCCUCGGCGGCUUGACUGGGAUUCGCGGGCGCAUCGAGCAAGAGCUGGAUCAAUGGAAGGCACAUAAAGUUACUCCCUUUUUCAUCUUCGAUGGCCAGCCUAUGACCGGCCAGGACGAUGCGGCGGUCAGGGUCGGUCGACAGAACAAUAUCAAGACCGACAUAGCAUGGGACCUUUAUUUCAACAGCCGCGCCGAGGAGGCCGUCGCGGCGUUCGGCACGAGCACUAGUGCCUUUCCUAUCCGCGCGCUGUACCCCCUCCUUCAGUCCAUCCUGAAGCAGCGCGGCCUUCACUUUCUUGUCCCCCCCUUCAGCGCCGCGGCACAGAUGGCAUAUUUCGAGAUCUGCGACUCUGAUCAAUGCGCCGGAGUCAUGGGUCCCUCCGAACUCCUGCUCUACCCAAUCCGGGACUGCCUCAUCCGCACUAUCGACUGGGAUAUGAAAACAGUCAAUGCCGUCUCCAAGAAACAUGUCUUGAAGAUGCUAAAUGUCAGCGAACCCUUGUUUGUCGACGCCUUUCUGAUGACGGGAACAUCCUUCCUCUCGCCGUUCCCGCCCCUGGAAGACCAGACCAUCAUCAAGACGCAGCCUUACACGGUGGCUGACGCAGUUAACAUGCUACGCACCGCUGAGAAGUCUGUGACGAUGGUCUGCACGAGUUUCCACGACAUUUUGAAGGCGCAGGAUCCCAAUUGGUUGGACAAGUACCGCAAGGCUCGGAUGGCGGUCGACCACUUCAUCUACAUCGCCGAAAACGGAGAGGUCAAGGUUCACGACUACGAGCACCUGACGAAAGACAAUCAUGAAUACCUCGGUCUGCAGCUUCCCUCAGAGCUGUUCCACUACCUCAACACUGGCCUGAUCGGACCCCGGGUUCUAUCUUGGAUCACUCACGGUCAAUUGCACGUGCUCCCUACGGUUGAUGGGGUGGCUUCGGACGAGUAUAAGAAGCUGGUCACAACGCAGUCAGCACGCAUCAAGGAGGCCGCUCUGAGCCUGGUUAUCCCGCGGCUCAAUCGAGGCAUCGGAUACAAGAACAUCAGCAUGAAAGUCUGGUACGACCGCAACUUCUCUUACACCGUCUGGGAUCGCCAUGAGCCCAGGGCCAACUUUGAACCUCAGGUCGCCAGCUGGAACACACGGGAAGGGGUAGUUGCCGGACACUUUCCCAAAUUCGCGCACGGCUCGAUCCUGUCGGAGGUUGUGGCGCUGAAAAACUCUGAGUUCGUCGCUUUGACUCGUGCAAAGCCCAAGGAAAGGCUAAGGGGCGUCGAGUCGGCUGCCUGGAUCAAGUCGAUCUGCCUGUGGAGAUUUCUCCAUAUCCGGGGCUAUAUUGACGAUCAGCAUGAGCUCACGAAGUGGGGCUCGGCAUUGGCUGCUGCCCUAUCUGCGAUUGAGCCGACCGUCAACAAGUACCCGAGCUUUGGGAAUCUGUACGAAUCUGUGCUUGUUGCUUUGGAACUGGUCCGCUUCGAGCUGCUCAACGCUAGGAACAAGCACGACGAGUUACGUGGCCUUCCCCUGAACGGGUCCGAGGAUGACCAGGCGAGCCUCCUCCUGAUCAGCCGGUGCGCGAGUCUGCUUAAGCUGCGGCAUCACGCAAACGGAUACACGGGGCCCCUCAGCAAGAACUUGUUGGCAUUCCGCUCACUCGUGUCUGAGGUGCGGUCCGCAAACCGUGAUCUCGUGGAAGCAAUUCUCGCCUCCAUGUUUAUGCAUGCGCAGGCAAAACGGAAACGGGAUGACGGCUGGGAGUUGAGCCAUGAUCUCCCCUUCCUCUACGAUCCGGACGUCGCCCUUGGCAUUGCUGUGAAGACCUACUUUGACGACCUAUUGCCGAACGAUCCUGACAAGGAGAACAAGUUGCGGGUCUUCCCCGGCAUCUAUGUACCGUAUGCUGUGAAUUUCGCUGAGGAUCUGGAUGUUGCCUGCAACUUCUUUGAGGCACUUUAUGCCGGUGUUAAGACCUUGGACUCCAAGGAGAUUCCAGUUGUGGACCGCGUCACCUGGGAUAAGGCGGCUAAGUACCUGGCGUCCAGGCGCUAAGAUGAUGGGGUUGGUCGAGGAGCCGGGCGCGAGGGGAUGAGAGAGUAUGAGCCAUCGCUAAACUGAGGCUGUUUUUGACCUCGAAGCUGCGAGAGCCCUUGACGCACUCUCCGGUGUGCAAACAGGGAGAAGCUCGACUAAAAUCUGACGAAAUUCGUCAACAAUGAAGUCAACAAAUCUA